ACACACUGACACUCUCAGACAUAGAGGUUCAUGGAUAGUGAUGGGGUAGGUUAGACAUACCUGUGGAUGUAUAUGUCAUGGAUCUCAAUCUCACCCGGAGGAUACUCUGCGUCUGGCUCUGGACCAUAGCAUGCUGGGUGAAUGUUCUGGGGCAGGGGACCAGGCCUGGGGAUGGGGCUGUCCCUCAUCUGUCAAAGAAAGAUGUUCUACUGUUGGCGGAUGAUGCAGAUCCAAAGUGUUUUACCAGGACACAGUAUGACUUCACCUGUUUCUGGGAGAUGCCAGACAACAAGUCUUAUGACUUCUUCUAUAGUAACGAUGAUCGGGAGGAGAAGAGGUGUAAUCUGAUUCUACAGAGGACAGAGGAGGGGCAAAUCCUCCAUGUCUGCUCCUUCCCCCCCUCUGAUGUCUUCCUGUUCACCUUCACACACAUCAGAGUGAUGGAGAGCAGCUCCAACUACACACUAUAUGCACGCACUGUCAGCGUCGAGGACCAGGUUCUCCUGGACCCCCCUGUGAAUGUAUCCCUUCACCCGACAGGGCAGACUGGGCAGUUCCAGGUGGCGUGGCACACACCCAGAGAGUGGGAGAACAACAUGCAGUAUGGGAUACGUUACUCUUCCCAGAGCCUGAGGGAGAGAACGGAACUGAUAAAGCCAGUGAGGUCCCAAAUCCACAGCCUGGUCUCUCUGGCGCCAGGGGAGGUGGUCAGCGUCCAGCUGAGGGUCAAACCCAACGGCUACAGCGAGAAAGAGACCAGCGGUCAUUGGAGCGACUGGUCGGUCACCAAAACUGCCAUGGUUCCCCAGAGUGCAGCUGAUAUCUCAUUGUUGUGCCACACUUCUGACCUGCAAAACAUCACCUGCCAAUGGAAUGGGCAGGCCUACAGAGAUGAUACUUACACCAUAUACUACAAGCUGGGACCCAGUGAACGUGAGGGCUGGAGAGAGUGUAUGCAGAAUGAGAACAUCUCCUACCGUUGCAGUUUCCAUGGAGCAGAGUCCAGUGAGAUACGGGUCAAACUCAGCGCUGGUCCUGCUACUCCCAGGCGGACCUUCUACACUGAGCCUUUCAGACUCAACAACAGCAUUCAAACAGCCCCUCCUGGGAGGCUGAGGGGACAAUGGGAGAAGGGCAGGCUGUGUCUGAAAUGGGACACCCCCCUAUUGGCCCUGUCUGUCCACCUGAUGUACCAGCACCGCUACCAGCCUCGAGAGGAGACUGUCUGGAAGCUGGUGAUCCUGCAGGGCCCAGAGACCAGUACUUGUCUGGACAUUCAGACUGGAGUUCAGUACUACAUCCAGGUCAGAGCCAGACCCAACGGGUCAGUCUACGCUGGCUACUGGAGCGACUGGUCACCCCGACUCACUGUGGACACGCCCUCCGACAUAGGUGCCCUCAUCUCCUGCAUCCCUCUCAUGGUGCUCGUUGUAUCAGUCGUCUUUAUCUCCAUGUUCUCCAGGUAUCUCAGUAAGCUCAAACAGUAUCUGUGGCCACCAGUCCCUAACCUUGACAAAGUACUCCACGGCUUCCUGACAGAUAUCAACGGACAGACUUGGGACCCUCCCUUCAACAUCAAGCAGUGUUCAGAGGAGACCGCAGCCUGUGUCGUGGAAAUCAUGUCUGAGAGGGAGGCUCCAGGCAGAGGGAUGCUUCCCAGGGAGUCCCCCUUACUACUCUCCCCAGAACAAGGCACUUCAGGCGGGGAGGAGGAGAGCCUGCCUACCCUGGUCCUGGAGGUCAGUCCGGAGUACGUGACCCUGACCAUGGAUGACGUCAUCCCCCGUCUCGGAGGGAACGAGUACGUGUACGAUGGGGAGGUGGGGGCGGAGUCUCCGAGUCUGGGGGUGGGGGGAGAGGGGGUGCUCCAGGUGAGGUGUCACUGCUCCUUUACUAGGUCCUCCAGCUUCCCAUCAUCCUCCAGUACCACGGACAUCCACAACCACUCCUACCUACUGCUGGCCGAGCACCCCAUAGAGAGACUGGACUAUCCAGGGCAGCAGGGCGCCCCCCAGGGCUGCAGGGUCUAUGUCAACCUGGAGGGCACAAGCUCAGCAAACACAAAUGCCUGAUUGGCACUCUGGCACAGCACAACACAACAAGGGCACACAAAUUCAUGAAAAAGACAUGGGAAAAAUAGAUGAAACCAAGUACAAAAUACAAGGGGGAGGCUUUAAAUAUCAAAUGUGCUAUUCUCAAAACAAGGAUAUAUUUAGGAUACUUUGCACAAUGCUGGAUGAAAUAUCUUAAUGUGUCUAGGAAAAUGUAAGACACAGCUCAAGUGUGCUUGUGGAUAUAAAAGGGACUUCAGACAGUUACAAAACGUCAACCCAAUAUCCAUUACAUCACUAAUAAAACAGGUCAUUGAAUAUGUCAUUCAUUUGUAGCAUGUACAGUACAUUGUAAAAAGGUGUGACUAUUAUUAUAGAUUUAGUUUGGGAUUUGUGGGAUAACAUGCCAGGUGUACCCAAAUCUGGACGGACUUUGAUAUUUUCCUUGGACAUACUAUAAAUAUAUAUCUAUUUUUCUUGUCUUAUGCCUAGCUGUACAGUAUAUGUCUAUCGUUAUAUUUUCACCCUACAAACUAUGCUAUCUUCAUUCGAGCCAUGUCUGGAAAGCCGUACCUGUGCAAGUAAUGUGUUCAAGUAAUGUAUUCAUGAGUACAUGAAGAAUGGAAAAGUAAGCCUACAAGUAUUGUUAAAUAUCUUUAUGACAUUUGUAUAUUCAAACAAAAAGAAUACAGACAAUCAUAAAACAAACAAAAGCAACAUUAAAAGGUUUGAAUAAGGAUAAAUGAGGAAAGUCAAAUGGCUAACUCUGAUGAGGAACUCUAGUUCUCCCUCCAACACAAUGAGUUGAAGCCAGAUCUAAAUUUCCUUCCAAAAGUUUGUAACAAGGGUAAUUUUCAGCAAACACACACAAAGCCAAUUAAGUCAUGAUCUCUUGUGUGCUUGGAUUAAAACAUAAUUCUAUAAUAAAAUAC